CUCUCAUUGAGCAAUGAGAGGGCAAUGAGAGAGCGAGAGCGAGCGAGCACUGAUGAACCUUUCGGGCAGAAAGACUCUGAACUACAGACACACCGCUUGUUUUUAGUUGCUUAAAAUAUUUCUAUAUUUGCGCACUGGCUGUAAUCUUUACAUUUACGUUUUCAAGCACUGAUAAGGAUCGAUUUUACGGAGAGCAUGGACCGUAUGGACAGAUCUUAAGAACUCAAACCUGUUGCCAGAUCGACGCGCCUGGUUUUGCAUUUCAGGUUUGCCUGUGGAUGUGAUGCUGGGCUCUUGUUUGCGCACUGGCUGGUAGUUGGAGAGAAGUUUGUGAUCGGUAGUGGACUAAAUUGUGAGGCACCAUGCACGUGUCUCUGGCCGAGGCCUUGCAGGUGAGAGGCGGACCCCUGCAGGAAGAGGAAGUCUGGGCCGUCCUGAACCAGAGCGCAGAAAGUCUCCAUGAACUCCUCCGCAGAGAUCAUUCUACGUUGGGUUUCAUCAUCUCUCCAUGGUCCCUGCUCCUUAUGCCUUCUGGAAACAUCUCUUUCACAGACGAGAAUGUUACACAGAUGGACCUGCGAGCGUUUACUCCACCAGAGAUGCUGGAGGGCCUCGAACUCACCUCAGCGUCUGAUAUGGAGAGGAUACACAUGUUUUCCCUCGGCAUGACGCUGUUUUGGGGAGCCGACUACGAGAUUCCCCAGAGUCAGCCAAUGAAACUCGGAGAGCAUCUGAACAGCGUCCUGCUGAACAUGUGUAAUGCCUCCACCCUCUCUCGGCUCUCCAUACGUACGGUCCUGGACACCUGCAGCACACACAUCCGAAACUCGAACUGUGACCCAUCGUUCUCCUACGUCAGGCGACUGGUGAGGCUCGUCUUAGGCUCUCUGUCUCAGCUGGAUGGUCUGUUGUCUCAGAGCGAGCGAGAAACUCUGCCAGAGAGGAGUAAAGAGGUUCGGGAACGUCUUCGAGGAAAAGGCCUUCCUGGACGAAGUGCUGCCCAUCGCGUGCUGGAGCGCUUUCGAGCCCGGACUCAAGAGCAGGCCAACCUGAACCGAGGCCUCAGCCGCUCAAUGGGCUCUCUUCCCACCCAGGACCUCGUCCGAGCAGACGAGGGCGUUCCUCAGUACUCUGAGUAUCUUCCCAGUUCUGAGUCCUCUGCAGAUCUCUACCCCCAACGCCAACUGCAAAAGCAGCACAGCCGACCCGUGGAGGCGGUCCACAAUUCCCACCCACAUCAAAGAAACAAGAGCUGGGCGUCUUCUGCAGACCUGGCCUACCUCGAUCCGGACGCGCUCCGCUUCGGGGCGCUGGAGGACGCUCGUAGGGGCAACAGUGCCUUGAGUUCCCGCUCGGGUGGGAGACGCAAGUCAUCGGUCAAAUCCAGAGACUUUCAGUACACUGACUUUGGGAGGCUGGAUGGACGCAAGGCACAUCACCAUUCGAGUCAGUCCGUCGGCGCGCCGUUCAACAGUGCUUACGACCGGAUCAGGGAGAAGCAGAAGAAACUGCAGGCGCUCAAUCAGGCCAUUGAUAAUCCCCCACAUACCCACAGAAGAUACAACAGUGAUUACAGUUCAUCCAGUGAAAGCCCCUCUGUGACAUCAUCAGACCCCGAUUACAGACAAGCUAAACGGCCUGAGGAUUUGAGACGAUUCAGUUCUCAGGUGGUGCUGUCCGAGCACGACUCCGUCUCGCUCGGUGGUGCUCAGAGACACAGACUGGUUGACGCUGGUCAGGACGAGCUGUCGGGUACAGAUCUUCUGAUCCAGCGACAGGAAGAGAUGCACAGGCUCCAGGCCCGGCUGUCCCGGGCAUCAGCCUAUCCCGGAGAAGACCUCAGAGCCUCCAUACUGGACCUAAGAAAAUCAAAAAAUUUCUUCGGCCCCGAGUUUGUGAAGAUGAGCAGCGAGCCAUGUGUGCUUUUGAACGUCCCUUCAUCGAUAAUGAAUAAGCGUGGAAAGGUGGAGGAGAGUCAGAGGAAGGUGGGUGUGAUCGUAUUGAACGGACAGAAGUUGGAGCUGUCGUGUGAUGUGAAAGCUGUCUGUAAGGACGUUUUGGACAUGGUCAUUGCCCACGUCGGGCUUGUGGAACACCACCUUUUCAGCCUCGCAUACCUAAAAGAUAACGAGUUCUUCUUCGUCGAACCCGAUGCCAAACUUGUCAAGGUGGCCCCUGACGGCUGGAAGGACGACCCUAGGAAGAAGAAAACUGACGUCAAUUUUAAUCUGUUUCUGCGUAUCAAGUUUUUUCAAGAUGAUGUCAACUUGAUACAGCACACGAUGACCAAACAUCAGUACUAUUUACAGCUGCGCAAGGAUCUUCUGGAGGAACGUGUGCGAUGUGAUCUGGAAAAUGCUAUGAUCCUAGCAUCUUUGGCACUGCAGGCGGAGUAUGGAGAUUAUCAGCCUGAGCUCCAUGGAAAGACGUAUUUCAGGACGGAGCACUACCUUCCUGGGUCAGUGAUGGAUAAGAUCGAUCAGACAACCAUUAAAGAAGAACUUCCCAAACUCCACAGCUCGUACUACAACACCUCAGAAGAGGAGGCGGAGCUUGAGUUCCUCAAGGUGAGCCAGCGACUGCCAGAAUAUGGAGUUCACUUCCAUCGCGUGCUGCCAGAGAAGAGAUCCCAGACUGGCAUCAUGUUGGGUGUUUACUCCAAAGGUGUACUUAUCUUUGAGGUCCUCAAUGGAAAUCGAACCCCCGUGCUAAGGUUCCCCUGGAGGGACACCAAGAAACUCUCCUUCACGAAAAAGAAGAUUUGCUUGCAGAACACUUCAGAUGGGAUUAAACACUUGUUUCAGACAGACAGUCAGAAGACUUGCCAGUAUCUGCUACAGCUGUGCUCGGACCAGUACAAAUUCCACCUACACAUGAAAGCCAGACAGAACAACCAGGAACUGCAAGAUUUGGAGAACUCACCCCUGGCCAGUCUGAAGUACUCUGAUGGGAUGAGCGCGAUCAGUUUUUCUCCCAGCACAGACCCGGAACUUUUCAAGAGAAUGUCCUACUCGGAGAUGUCCCUGAAUAAGGGCGGGACUCGAAUCUCCGUUCCACCCGAUCAAUCCUAUCCAGGGUUCAUCGGCAGCUCCAACUCCAAGAUGAAAAGUCGUUCCCAUCAUAACCUGGGUCAGCUGCCUGAGUCGCCAGAGCACAGGUUGGUGCCUUUCGGUAGCCAAUCGCAAAGCGGCAUGGCUCGAUCACAAAUGCUUGUAUCAUCACAUCAGCGUGCAAGUUCAGACACGGACUCCAUCAUCGUCACCAGACAGCAGGAUGGCAGUGCGUUCGGCCCUGCGGCCAAAGCCAGCUGGGGUGUCAGUAACUUGAAAGGGUCGGACUCUUCAUCGGCUGAGGACAUUGGACAGGCGUAUGUCAUAGGUGUUAGCAUGCACAGCUCGGGAGCCCCAUCUACCCCUGCGUCUUCCAUCGGAAUCAGUGAUUCCCUGAAGAAGAAGGUCCACGCUUUACCCUCUCCAGAACGAGAGAUACAGACCGUAAAUCUGAAGAAAGAUGUCAAAUAUGGACUGGGUUUUCAAAUUGUAGAUGGACAGAACUCUGGACGACAGGACCUGGGUCCCCUCGUCAGCUCUAUUACACCUGGUGGGCCCGCUGAUGUCGACGGCUGUCUGAAACCUGGUGAUAGGCUGUUGAGUGUGAAUGAUGUCAGUCUGGAGGGCCUAUCACACGAGAGAGUGGUUGAUAUUCUGCAGAGCACCCCUGAUAAUGUCACUCUGGUGGUCUCUCAGCCUAAAGAGAGGCUGUUUCCAGACUCUCCUACAGGAAUCCAUAGCUAUAGAUCAGACUCCGCUGAACAAAAACAAGAAAUGGGUGUUGAUUCUUCCUCUGAAGGGCAUACAGGCUCCCCCAGCCCCUCUCUUACCCUUAAUAAAUCGUCUCCGCCCCAGUCGACACGACAGGAGAGCGUCAGCUCCCACGACUCCAGGACCGAAAGCGCUGGCCUUCAACAGACACAUCUCAAUGGAUUUCAUCCUACAGAGGACAUCACAGCUGACAAUAAAUCCACAGCUAAAGCCACCCCACCAGCACUUCCUCCUAAAACCUGGAAAUCCAAAGUCGCCGAUGUUCCAAAAGAGCUGGAAUCCUCUGAUAAAUGGGAUUCAGAUGAGGACACGUACUCGAGUAGCAACGAGAAACAAAUGACUAAAAAGGGGGUUUCUCCCACCAACGUCACGGAGACAUUAAAUGCUAGUAGCCCAGAAGUCAAUAGCCUCCAGCCUGGAGAUCUAUUUGACCUUGAGCUGUCCAAAAUAGACAGCAGUCUGGGCAUUAGUGUCACGGUACUGUUUGGAAAGGGUGGGUCGAACACAACGGUGAAACAUGGAGGGAUAUACGUCAAAGCUGUUAUUCCUAAAGGUGCUGCCGAGCUGGAUGGGAGGAUAAAGAAAGGAGACCGCGUGGUGGCCGUAAAUGGGAAAAGCCUUGAUGGAGCCACUCACAAACAGGCAGUCGAGAUGUUAAGAGACACCGGCCAGGUGGUGCAUCUGUUACUGGAGAAAGGUCAGCCACCAUUAGACAGGCUUCACGCCCCCCUGACCCCUAAAAAUACUUUAAUGCUUCAAAGCCAACCACCUGCUGUGCAGGACACAGCCGUACAGGAGCCGACACCGGUGAACAAAGAAGAAUACAACUUCAUGACACCAGAUAAUACAUUUGUAGUUGGUUUGCUGAAGAACACAUCCGGACUUGGUUUCAGCUUCAGCCGAGAGGAGAACGUCCCCGGAGAGCCUGCAGGCUCCAGCAUGGUUCGGGUCAAAAAGCUGUUUCCCGGGCAACCGGCAGCCGAGAGCGAAUGCAUCGAAGUGGGCGACGUCAUCGUGCGUGUCAAUCAGACGUCACUUAAAGGACUGUCGCAGCAUGAUGUUAUCUCUGCUCUGAGAGGAACCGGACAAGAGGUGACCCUUUGUUUGUGUAGACCUGAUCCAGGGGUCUUACCUGAGAUGGACCCUGCCUUUACAACCCCUAUACCCUCUCCACGAAAGCAAGUCCAUCCCAAGCCUCAACCUGAUCCCAAGCCGAUCUCCACGCCUCCGACAGAGCGCAGUCAGGCAUUGGGCCUGGUGGAAGAAGCUCUGGAAAGGUCACUCAUGAAGUCACCCACUCGAAGAGACAGUUAUAGCGACAGCACAGAUGACGAUGAGCUGGAGGAGGCUUUCGGCCAAGCCAAGGACCGCAGACUCAAUGCCAACGCCAAUCUGGACGACACUGUGCGGUCGGCGUAUUAUUCACCCAGCCAGUCCAUGUCUAGACCUGAGAUCAUCAUAAGUGAUGUGGAUAGUCCUGUACUCCACAUGUCAUCUCCAGCCCUGCCUGAGGGAGGAGUCCUGAGCCCAAGUCCAGACCCUCUUCCUCCACCACUGCCAAACCCCAUCAACCUCAGUCUUCCAGACCAUGCCAACGAGGAGGAGCUUAUUCCUGAGGUGGAGCUGAAGGUCUCUCUGGUUAAGUCCGAUAAAGGUAGUUUAGGGUUCACGCUUACCAAGGGACCUGACAGCAACUGCUACAUCCAUGACAUCAUCCAGGACCCCGCUAAAGAAGACGGACGACUGAGGCCUGGAGAUCGCAUGAUAAUGGUGAAUAACAUUGACGUGUCUGGCAUGAAUCAUACAGAGGUGGUCAACUUGGUGCGUGCAGCCCCCAAAGUCGUAGACCUCGUGGUGGGCCGUGUUCUAGAACAGCCUAAACCACCAAUAGAGGCUCACCUUCUGCCCGACAUCAUGUUUCAAUGCUACGACGAGUCUUUAGGUCUGGUUCUUGACGGAGGAAGUGACAGUGGGUUGGGCUUUCUGUACGUGAAGGACAUCGUACCCGGGUCUGUGGCUUCUGCGGAAGGCAGUUUAAGAAACCUGGAUAUCAUACAUUACAUCAACGGAGCUCCAACGCAGGACCUGACAUUGAGCGAAAGCUGCAGACUCCUGCAACUUUCACAGAAAAAUCUAACGCUUAAAGCUACCAGGGAUGGAAAGCCUGUUUUUCCGGGCGAGGAGGAGAUCUCAUUACUAAACAAUAACCUUAGCCCUAAAGUGUCCCAGAACGUGAACGGUUAUCUCCAUAGCAACAACCGUAUUGACCUAGAGGCCCUAUCCGAAAUCUGUCCGCCUGAGGAGCAGAUUGUCAAGCUACAGUUAGAUAAGCCACCAGCAGGGGGCCUGGGCUUUUCUGUGAUUGGUGGCGAGAGGGGCAUUUUCGUGAAAUCAGUCACCCCUGGGGGUACAGCAGACACUGAGGGCACGCUUCAAGUAGGCGAUCGACUACUAAAGGUGAAUGAGGAUCUGAUGGUCGGCGUUUCUCAUUCGAAAGCCGUCACCACUAUUCGUAAAGCUAAAGGUUUGGUGCACCUCAUCGUCUCUCGUCCACCUGACCAAAUGCCCAACACGUACCUGAGCCUCCUGCCUGUCAAAUCCAACGGUGUCCAUGGCAACAACGAUGUGAGCGAAGACAGUGGGGUGAAGACGAAGCUUCAGACACCAUCAGAGCAAAGCAGGAGUAAGAACCCACCUCCACUUCCUCCGAUAGACUAUGACUCUCUGGAGAAACUGAAGGUGACGGAAAGAAGUGCAGAUUUAUCAGAAGAUACUGACUGUGAUGGCUCUUCUCUGCCUGAAGACUCACCAGAGACGUCUCGGAGAGCUGCGUGGAUAGAGGAAAGUGUUGAUACUCCGCUGAAUGACAGUUCAAUGCAGUCGUCAGGUCAGCUGGAUGAUGAUGAUGACAUCACAUGGGGCAGCGAUGAGCUGCCGAUAGAAAACAUCAACUCUAAAUUUACUGAAGAUGGACCAAUAGUCACAGAAGAUGAGUUGACCUCUCUGCCGCUGGUUCGGGUUGUUCCUGAUGGUCAAUACACGUCCAGUAAACUCAACAGUGUGGUGCGCAUGAUGAAAGGUCUGCUGGAGCAUAAGGUUCCUCUGCAGGAGUUUGAGAACCUGCAGAAUUUGCAGCCCUUAGAUGACUGUUUGGUUGGCCAGACCGAAGAAAACAGGAGGAAAAACCGAUACAAAAACAUUGUCCCAUUCGACACAACAAGGGUCAAGUUGGGAAAGGAUGGCGGCUACAUAAAUGCCAACUUCAUCAAGAUGCCCGUGAAGAAUGACAACUUCAUGUACAUCGCAUGUCAGGGGCCGCUGCCCACGACGCUGGGCGACUUCUGGCAGAUGGUUUGGGAGCAGAAGUCCAACGUGAUCGCCAUGAUGACACAGGAAGUGGAGGGAGGCAAAGUGAAAUGUCAGAGGUACUGGCCCGACACGCCCCUCUCACCCGAGAUGGUGAGCGAUCGACUACAGGUCACUCUGGUUAAAGAUCAGCACUUGGACCACUUUGUCAUUCGUCUUAUAGAGGUCAAAGAUAUCCAGACCAAUGGUGUCCAGAGAGUAACGCAUCUGAACUACACUGGCUGGCCUGAUCAUGGCACUCCUACCCAACCUGAACAACUCCUGACAUUUAUUUCUUACAUGAGACAUAUCCACCAAUCAGGACCCAUCGUCACACACUGCAGUGCAGGGAUUGGCCGAUCAGGAACCCUUAUUUGCCUAGACGUGGUUCUUGGUCUCAUCAGCAAAGAUGUAGAUUUUGACAUAUCAGAUGUGGUACGUACCAUGAGACUCCAGAGGCGUGGCAUGGUGCAAACAGAGGAACAAUAUAUUUUCUGCUACCAGGUCAUCUUAUAUGUGCUCAGAUGUCUACAGGAAGAGGAGAAACUCUCAGGUUAAACGUGGACACCGACUGCCUUUCUGCUCUUUAAACAGGGUCACAAGAUGAACUUAAAAUAACAACGCGCUUCAAUCAUCCGACGUUUCGGAUGCAGUUUCUUCUUUGUAUCAGGGCUUUUUGACCUUUCGAACAAAUUUGUCUUAAUGUUUUAGACGUCAGUGACGUAUAUGAUUCUUGCAGAAUUUUGUGUAUUUUUAUCGCUUACAUUCUUGACCAUCGGCUGCUACUAUGAAACCAUUUAUUUUAUAAUUUAUCGUUUUUUUUUGGUAAAAGUUUUUAUAGAUUCUUUGAAGAUUAUGGAUCAAAUAUAAAAGAAAGGAAAUCAUAUUUUUCUUGUGGCACAAAUUUUUUCUUGUGUAUAUUUUAAACGAAUGAUGCUGGAAUGGGUGUUGCCUUGACAGAAUACAUGACAGUAUUUGCUUUGUAAAUCUUUUAGAAAUCACUGAGUGCCAGUGGUAAGCGAAGAAAUGAAAAGUGUUAUAUUUAGUGAGAUAUAUUUAUCUUAUGAAAUCUGUUGAGAUGUUUUUAAGCUGUUACAUACUGGACAAUUUGCAAUUUGUAAAUAAAAGAAAAUCACUCCUUUUAA